AUGUACCACAACCCGAACUCGGCCACGAAAGAGCGCUCCUCCAACGACGGCUACUACUCUUCCUCCGAUGGCGACUCAGAAGCCUCCUUCUCACCCCCGUCCUCCGAGGGAUCUAGAAACGUAUCCGAAUCGUAUCCCGCGCGGCCGCUGCUUGUUCCCAAGAGGAAUAAUCAGAGACCGACCCCUCAGCGGUCGGCGAGCUUCUAUCCGUAUAGGCUACCGCCGCGGAUUGUUCGCUACGUUGUCUUUGCGAUAGUCGGGCUGAUUAUUCUCAUGAUUGGCACGCUGAUCCGGGCGAGUCAAGUGGAGAACUGGAAGGUCGCCAAUGGCCAGGUGAACAGUCGACCGGCGCCUCCUCCGCUGUGGGAGAAGUUCCCUUUCCUCGAGCGGUACUAUGGCGGUAUACGCACCUUGGUUCCUUUGAACGAGAACAAGCCCGAGUAUCCCAAGUCCAAUGAGCCCGCGCCACCCGCCCAGAGCGCUUCGGACAGCAAGGUGGAGGAUCGCGAAAAGGACUUCCCCGUCAGCCACUCUUGGGACGACUACCACGGACGGAGUAACGACUCUGAUAUCAAGGAGUGCUUUCUUGAUGCUGCCGGCAAGAUUCGCCCACCUCCCCUUCGAUAUUACAACGGCCGACCAAGCGGUUUCCCGCUGCACGUCAUUGGCUCUUAUGAGGUCCUCAAUCUGCCCGAAGAAGUCUGCUUUGAGAGAUACGGCAAGUUUGGCCCAUAUGGGUUCGGUUAUUCUGUCCGCACUGGAGGCUUAGGCACGGGAGAACACCUCGAAAACGAGGACGCGGAAUCUGUUUGGGGCUCUGGCUCUCGAGUGGAUUAUCGCGAGGUUGACUGGGCGGAUGUUCAACGACGCUGCUUCCAGGCUAACGUCGGUCGAUACAAGGAGUUGCCGGCCAAGACACCAUCUCCCCAGGGCUUCUAUGUUGGUAGCUUGAAGGCGGCAAAGGUCCAAUUGCGAGACUCUCAGUCGAACGACAAGGACAAGACGGCGGCCGCGGCUGAUUCCGCGUCGGGUAAACAAGUGGCCAAGCAAUCACGAACCGCCGUUGUCAUCAGAUGCUGGGAUGAAUUCGUGUUCCGCGAAGAUGAUUUUGCGAACCUUCGAUCCAUGAUUUCCGAGCUUUCGCUGGCUUCCGGGGGCCGAUACGACGUUCAUCUACUGGUGCAAGUGAAGAAUGACGCAAAGCACCCUGUCUGGGCCGACCACGAAAUCUACGAACAGCGGAUUAGAGACGCGAUCCCGAAGGAGUUUCAGGGGCUAGUGACGCUCUGGACUGAGACGCAAAUGCUCUCUCUGUACCAAGGCAUAUACGACUUGUUCAGCCGCGGCCCAGAGCUUCCAGUGCACGGCGUUUACCGUGGCCUCACCAUGGCUAUGCAGCACUUUGCCUAUCUGCACCCCGAGUACGACUAUUUCUGGCAGUGGGAGAUGGACAUCCGCUACACCGGCCACUACUACGACCUGCUCUCCAAGCUCGAGAAUUGGUCGAAAGCUCAGCCGCGGAAGGGGCUGUGGGAACGGAAUUCGCGCUACUACUUCCCCCAUGUUCACGGCACGUGGGAGGACUUUUCGCAGAUGGCUCGAGUGCAGAGCGAAAUGGGGACUCCUGGGGCCGACAAUGUCUGGAAGAACGUGCCCGGCCUCGACGGCCAGCCUCCGGAGGCGGCCACCAAGAAGAAGAUCAAGACGGUCUGGGGCCCUAUCCGACCUGCCGAUGAGAAGGACUGGUUCGAGGCUGAAAAGGAUCCCCGCCCGCCGUCUUCGUACGACUCUGACCAUUACCAAUGGGGCGUUGGUGAGGAGGCGGACUUGAUCACUCUGAACCCCAUCUUUGACCCCGAGGGUACCACAUGGGGCCUGAAGGACGACAUCACGGGCUACAACCGCUCUCUGCCGUUACCCCCUCGACGAGCCAGCAUCAUCACCACGUCUCGAAUGUCAAGGCGCCUCCUCAUGACCAUGCACAGGAUGACGGCGCACAAGAAGCAGUUUGCCUUCCCCGAGAUGUGGCCCGCGACGGUUGCUCUCCAGCACGGAUACAAGGCCGUCUACGCACCACACCCAGUCUAUGUGGACCGUAGGUGGCCGGUGGACUACAUGGCCCAGACGUUCAAUGGUGGCCGCGAUGGGACGACUGGCGGAGCGAGGACGAGUCUCUACGGCGAGCGGGAACAUAACCUCAGAGGCUUGACGUGGUUCUACAACUCCGGGUUUGGCCCCAACCUGUAUAGACGCUGGCUGGGUCUGAAAGUGAACAAUGACGGCGGAGAAGAAUUUGAGAAAACGCAGGACAAGAGCCGAGCUGGCUCCGGUGUCUCGGCCAUGGCUGGAGGUGAGGGGCGCAUGUGCCUACCUCCCAUGCUCCUACAUCCUGUCAAGGAGGUGGACAUUCCCAUCGAGGCUCCUCCGGAGGAGGAAGAAAUGGGCAAUGAAGUACCCGAAUCAGACCCCGACGCAUGA